UCAAGGAUUGAGAGAUCUAGAUCUUCCAAGAUCAAAAUUCAAGACCAAAACAUAAACAGCAAGAAAGGCGAGAGGCAACUCCAACUUGACUCGAGAAGCUCAUUGCAUCAUUUCCCUCCCCCCUUCCCCCAGCUGUUAUCUCCUCAUUCUGUAACUUUUCUUCACAGAUGCCAUUUCAAGUAGCAGGGGCAGCUGAGGUCUUAAGAGCAACACAGAAGGAUGAAAAUUUCCUGGAUUAUUUGAAGAGCUGCAUCUCAGAAAUUGUACAAAGAACAGCUGGCACAAGAGUGUGGCUUGAUAUUCACAAAAAUGCAGAAGUCAUAUGUGAACUUGCAUACUAUGGUCUCACCACCUUGUGUCUUCGCCAGACCCUGGGAGAAGAGUACACUGGUAUUUUACAGGUGGAUUCAAGUAGAAGGAAAUUACCCAGUGUAUGGCAACGGGUAGCUAUGGUGAUACUGCAGUGCUUUGGGCCAGAGAUUAUUAGGACAUUGCUAACAAGAUUUGAAGAGUCACUCAAAACAGGGAGUCUUUCAACUUACCUACGACCAGAACUCAAGAACAUCUUACUAAAGCAAAUACCAGUCCUUAGAUACUCUGUCACUAUACUGCAUCGCAUUCACCUAGCAACAUUUUAUUGGAGUGGAUCCUUUUAUCACAUAUCUAAGAGGAUUGCUGGAAUAAAUUAUGUGUUGACCCGUGAGUGGCUUGGCGACAGCUCUGCAGGGAAGUCCUUCAGGAUUCUGGGAAUAGUCUUGCUCACACACAUCCUUCUGACAGUGUUAUAUUCAUCUUACACAUAUUUCUUUACCAAGUCAGCACAAGAAAGCACACCACCAUCAGCAAAGUACUACGUAGAGCACUCAAAACAGUGCUCUCUCUGCCUGGAUGAACGCAAGCACUCUUCCAUCACUCCAUGUGGACAUUUAUUUUGCUGGCAGUGUAUUCAGGAGUGUCUGCAAAAUAGUCAGAGCUGUCCAAUUUGCAGACAUCCGUCAUUACCAUGUCAGGUUGUUGCACUUCUCAAUUAUGACUAGAUGAUGAAAUCUGAAUAUAGGUCAUGAGUAUUCCCUUGCUCAAUUAAGUAUUAAGGAAUAAUUUCAUAAACAUAUACUAGAUAGAUUUAUAUAGUGGGAUAUGCUAGAUUAAAGCAGGGAAAGCUGUAAGUUUGGAUGGUUGUGGUGUAGAAUGUUUAUUUAGAAUAGUGGACUGAUGACUGUUGAGUGAUUAGUAUGUCUAUCUAUCUAAAUGCUUGGUUGACAUUUCUGCAAAGGGUGGUAACUGAGACAAGGGACCUACACACACACAUACACACAAGAAUGCACUGAAGUAUAUCUUAGUUACCAGUUUCAUGCAGUAGCUGUAAAGGUGAAGAUAAGAACAUAAGCUGCAAGAAGCCAUCAGGCCUACACAUAGCAGUCCCUGUAUGAAACAUACCUACAUAUUUCUACCUAUCAUCUUCAUCCAUAAAUUUGUCUAAUCUUCUUUUAAAGCUCAUUAAUGACUCAACACUAAUACCUUGAUAACUGAGUCCAUUCCAUUCAUCAACUAUUUGUGAACCAGUUUCUUAUCUCUUUUUUCUGAACCUACAUGUUUUUCAAGCUAGAACCCAUUAUCUUUUCAUCUAUCCUGAUUACUAAUCUUGAAAAUUUUGCUUGUCACCCUUGUUAUAACCCCUCUGCCACAAAGACUUCCGUUAGGUUUCCUCAACCUUUCUAAGGAAUGUGAAGUUUACAGUGAAUGAAACAAGAAAGGUAUGCAUAGGAAUGAAUAGAUUGUUUAGUUGCAUAUAACUGGCCAACUCUUUUGAAGCAAAGCUUCAAAAGAGUUGUUAUCCAUAGGGAUAACAACAUUCAAACAAGCAAGAUGUAGAUAAUUUGUAGAUAAUUUAGAAUAAAUGCAAAGACAAGAUUGUACAAGUUGAGAAUCCUUCAUUUGGAGCACUUAGAGGUGGAACUAUUCUAAAUCUCAACUUGUUUAAAGAACAAGAGGAGUAUCAUGUAAGAACUGAAUGAAGAGUGACAAAGCAAGUACAAAGGAUAAGGUGUUAGAAGAGUGUUAGCUGAGUGAGCAGACCAGGCAGUGUUAUGAUUGGGCUUGUGGAUGUAAUAGAUCACUUGAAGAUAACUGGGUCUGGUGUCAGAGUUAUAGAUGUGCUAGAGGAAUGUCUGUUGAACAAGGAAGAUUUGAUGCAUGUGAUAGAUGAACUGAGAAGUUGCAAAUGGGAUGUGGCCUCUUGAGCCUCUAUAGGAGUUUACCUACAUCUGGUCCUGUUGGCUGAUUAAGUCAGGUACAAGGAAAUGGUAAAGCAGUGAUAAACCAACUCCAUUGUCAUGCCCUGAUGGGGAGAUUGGCAGUUAUUUUGUGCAAGUUACUUUCAUGCAGUGUGGAUAGUGAGGGUCUGUCAUAGCUUUCUUAGAGGCUAAGAAAGGUAUCAGCUUGAUAAUAGACAAGAAAAUCUAUUGUUGUGAUAUAUAUAUAUAUAUAUAUAUAUAUAUAUAUAUAUAUAUAUAUAUAUAUAUAUAUAUAUAUAUAUAUAUAUAUAUAUAUAUAUAUAUAAUCAUGUACUGUACAUAGAUGUACAUAAUAUAUACAGAUAUAUACAUAAUCAUGUAUCUCUUUCUUUCCGGUAAACCCCUCACUUUAGAAGCAUUACAUAACGGUACUGGAUGUUUCCAGCCAGUACUGCAAACAUUUCGAGAUUUGAGAAUGUCAAACAAUCUGUUAAAUACUCUUAUUAAUUUUAUUGUUUCACAGUCCUUAAAUCCCUUAAUGUUCUCAUGUAAGGUAAAAUUGUAGUGAAUCUGCCAGUCACUCAACAACUGAGGUGUUAGUCUAAAUUGAUUUUUUUUUCUUUGUUCAUGCUACAUGGGAACUCCGCACAUUAUUUCCUAAAUAAAGACCUUUUCGUUCUUGGAGAAGAUGCAAAUUUUCAAUAAACUGCAAUUCUGUAGUGUUACCAGAACCAC